AAGGCCGUUUCAUCUCUCUCUCUCUCUCUCUCUCUCUCUCUCUCUCUAUCGCUCUCCAUGCUCCAUGCUUUCUCUCCCUUACGUUUCAAUUUUCUCAUCACUCACUCAGAAGGACACUACUCUUCCAUCCACUCUCUCUCUCUCUCACACACACACACACACACACACACACACACACACACACACACACACUCUGUUCUCCUCUCCAUCUCUCACCAUCUGAUGGAGGCUGAAGCGCUGUACAGCUUCAGAGCUACUGAAAGUGAUGAGCUCAGUUUUCACAAGGGUGACAUCCUGAAGGUAACGAAUAUGGAUGAAGAUCCGAACUGGUACACGGCUGAACUGUCGGGACGAAAAGGCUUCGUACCCAAAAAUUAUAUCAAUGUAAUUCCUCAUCCAUGGUUUGUUGGAGGAAUCUCUCGGCAGGCUGCAGAAAGUCGCCUGAGACCUCUGGAGAGUGGAGCGUUCCUCAUCCGAGAGUGUGAGAGCACACCAGGGGAGUUCUCUGUGUCUGUCAGUUACGGGGACCAUGUGCAGCACUUUAGGGUCCUGAAGGACAGACUGAGACGCUACUUCAUAUGGGACGAGGUUUUCUCCUCCCUCAACCAGCUGGUGGAGUUUUACAGCAUCAACAGCAUCGCCAAGGAGAGGAGCAUCUUCUUAUUGCAACCUGAGAGACUGCUGACUGUGAGGAGGCCGCGUCGCGCUCACGCCCUCUUCGACUUCACGCCCCAUCAAGUGGCCCAGCUGCGUUUCCUGCGCGGCGACGUCAUCGACCUCCUGGACUGUUCGGACCCUCACUGCUGGAAGGGGCGGUGCCGGGGCCACGUGGGCGUCUUCCCUCCUGAAUACGUCCAGCCUGUGUAUCACUGAAGGAUUCGGCUUCAAGCAAAGAUUCGCUCAUGAGUUUUUUUUUUUAAACUUAUUAAAAAAUAAAUGAAUAAAAAAUAAACUCCAAAAGUAUUGGGACACUUGACUUGUCUGCCCAUACGUGGUUCUUCACCAAAAUGUUCCCACAAAGUUGGAGGCAAACGAUUGUAUAAGACGUCUCUGGAUGCUCUAGCAUGAAAUUAUCCCAAACCUUAUCUAUCUAUCUAUCUAUCUAUCUAUCUAUCUAUCUAUCUAUCUAUCUAUCUAUCUAUCUAUCUAUCUAUCUAUCCAUCCAUCCAUCCAUCCAUCCAUCCAUCCAUCCAUCCAUCCAUCCAUCCAUCCAUCAUAAUCUAAUCAUUAGGCAUUAUAAGCUGUAAAUUGUUUUUGCUUGUUAUACACGUGAUACACACGUGAUUUUUUUUUGUUCUCAUGAAACAA